UAGCGCCAUCUGUUACUCCGUAUGUUAAGGUCCCAUUGAAUGCAAUGCAAUUAGACCAUCGAGAACAGUGUUUAGAGUGUGUAGGAGUGUUUUAUUUAGCUUAACGAAGAAAUGUUGCUAAUAAAAACGUGCAAUUGGUGUGAUUUCUUACCGUAAAACUUUCUCGAGAUGAUCAAAAACUUUCACUAAGUUGACAAUCCGGAGAAAUGGUGUCACUAUAUGCUGCUAAUGCAGAUCAAAUUUUUCUCUCUUGAGCACUGUCAUGCGAAUUUUCAAUGAAUAACCAGAAAAUCUCCACCGGGAUCCCGUAUCCAGGCCUUGUGGUCAAAAGCAAAACGUACCACACCACAAAGGGCCCACCACUAUUUUUUAUAAUGAUGCGACUGAAUUAUAAAUUUUUACUAUGCCUAUUAUGUUUAAUCGUCAUAUUUCUAACCUCAACACUAUGGAAUAGUUGCGUAAACAAAGAAUGGAAAAACCAAAAUACUCAUAUUUGUCUAGGAGAAUCAGGAAAAUCAUCAGGACAUGAUAUCGAAGGAAUCGAAUGUACAAUUAAUGGAGAUUACAGUGUUGAUUGUCGAAAAGAAGGUGAUGAAGUUUACGUUCCAUUCACAUUUUUACAAAAAUACUUUGAAGUUUAUGGAAAAUUAACAAGCAACGAUGAUAAAUCAAGAUUUGAAUGGUCACAUAGUUACAGUAAGAUUUAUCAGCCUAAAGGAAGGUACGAUCCGAGAGGAGUUUUCAUGCAUUUUGAGAAUUAUAACGUUGAAAUCCGCGAACGAGUAAAAUGUGUUAGUGGGAUUGAAGGGGUUCCAAUGUCUACGCAAUGGGAAAGUCAGGGGUAUUAUUACCCCACGCAAAUAGCGCAAUUUGGGUUGGCUCAUUAUAGUAAAAAUCUUACUGAACCUGAACCAAGAAGGAAAGUGGUUGAAAAUGCCGAUAAAGAAUUGGGAAAAUGGACCGUACCGUUAGGUGCUUCCCUAACUAGGACUUAUUUGACUGUUUUUGAAACAAACGUUUUAAAUUUUUCUACUGACGCUUAUACGAAUGGGAUUAAAUUAAAAAUGGACCAUGUUUUGGACUUUGUCAUGUCUUUAAAUAUACUUUUACAAGCCAAUAGUAGUUUAACUGUCGUUUUACAAAAUAGGGAGAAUAAAGAAAAUUACAAUCUUCAUUAUAUCUCAUCUGAUGUACAUAUCAGCUUACAGAACAACAAUAUUUAUCACGGUAUUGGAAUAAUAGCAAAAUGGAAACGAAUCACACGUGAUCUAAUAAUAGAUUUUCAAAAAGGUAUAAGUUACCUUGAAAAAGACAAAUCGAAAAACAAAGUCUCCAGAUCAAAAUUAAAAGUAGUUAACAUAAUACUCAGAGGAAAGGGUGCUAUUGAUAACCUAACGUUGUCUUCAUCAGAACAUAUCCUUCAAUUUUACGAUUCUGCCGAUUGGUUUGUAAGAAACCAAGAUCCAAACACUGGCGGUUGGCAAAUUCCCGUAAAACGGAAGUUGGCGUCAGGCUUCCAAGAUUUAAAGCCGGGCUGGUACUCGGCGAUGGGACAAGGUCAAGCUAUGUCGGUCCUCUCUAGAGCAUACCAUCAUUCCGGCGGUGAUGUAAAGUACUUAAAAGCUGCUUUAGCUGCUUUGAAACCGUUCAGAAUACCAAGCGCCCACGGUGGCGUUUUAGCAACGUUUUUAAGCAAAUACCAUUGGUACGAAGAGUACCCAACGAAACCUUCGUCUUUUGUACUUAAUGGGUUCAUAUACUCUUUGUUGGGUUUGUACGAUUUAAUGACAAUCACGCCUCCGAAUUACGUUAAGGAGGCCGAAUUAUUGUUUAAUGAUGGUAUGGUUUCUUUAAAGAAUAUGUUACCAUUAUUUGAUAUGGGAAGCACUACUUCCUACGAUUUAAGACAUUUUACAUUGGGUAUUGCACCCAAUUUAGCUCGAUGGGAUUACCAUGCAACCCAUAUAAAUCAAUUGCUAUUGUUGAGUACUAUUGAUAAUGAACCUCUGUUUGCCCAAACGGCCGAUAGAUGGCGUGGGUACAUGAGUGGAAAAAGAGCUGCUCAUAAUUAAUAAAUUUGAAACUUAAUUUUAUUGAAGGGUAAUCGAUUAAUUUUCGGCAUAAAUGUGUAUCUAUUUUAUGAAAGCGUGACUCAUUAAUAAUGUGACAUAAAAUUAUUAUCACAACCUGGGAUUAAUAAAAACCCAGAAAUGUGAUUAACUUGCACAAAUAAUAUUAAAAUAAAAUAAUACCCUUCAAUAAGAAUCAACUCUGGAACGGACCAAUUUGUUAUACUUAGCAAUUUGUUUCAUCGUUGAUGAUGUUUUUGUUAUAAAAAACUUACCUACAAUUUUUUAUUAGUCAUUACAUUCGUCCAUUGCUUUUAAUAAUAAUUAUUAUCUUAUUAAAAAGCCUCUGUAUAUUUUUGUAUAUUUGAAUUGUUGAGGAUUUGUUUUAUUGAUGAAUUUGAUUAGUUUUUAAAUAGUCCAUACUUUAUUGUUAGUAUGCUUUCGUACUUCAUGAAACUAAACAUUCCACACUGUGUUAACUAUUGGCGUAUAAACAAGUUAUAACGCUAUAUUUUUAUUUAUAUUUUGUUAAUGUUAAACAAAUGUUUUCAGGUUUAUUAACCAGUCUUGCCAUUCAGCUCUAAUUUGUAGAUAAGUUUAAAAUAAGUUUUUCUAUUUGCCAAUGUACUUACAUUAUAUAAAAAAAAUUUAUUU